UCGAUGUGUCUCCCACCGCUAGUUUACGUGUGUAAAUAAAUAUAAAAGUGAAAGUAGAGAUUAAGCAAUUCCUAUGCGAAUGUAAAUGUUGCUUUUAUAAUAAUGAACACCGAACGCCAGUUCAAAGAGUCUACAACAUCGGAUCACCGCCAUCCUGCAGAUAUGGCGACGACCACGGCCACAGCAAGAGUUAACCCAAGAGAGAAGCAACCAGCAGAGGAUUUGGAAUCCAAUAGCAAUAUCAACAAUCCCAAUACCAGCAGUCUGAACGACAAUGCCACCAACGAUUGGAUACACUUUUCCCAAUGGAUCCACUGCUUUUGUGUGGUCACAUUUGAUUUGAAUUUAGGCCAGGCGCUGGAGCAUGUGUAUCCACCACAGUUUGUGCCCAGUGAUCAGGAAGUUAGCAACAUUUGCUAUAUGGCAUUCCCCGACUCGAAUUCGGGCUGUAUGGGCGACACCAAAUUCCAUAUGCGUUUGCGUGCCCUGUCCAAACCCAGAGCCUAUGCGCCCAUUACCCAAUACAAUGGAGAUUGUGCCCCAGCCAUGCGCCAGGAUGCUUCCCAUUUCUGGGGUUUUGUCUAUUUUCGACAGAAACGUGAUGCAAAUCUGCCGCGUGGUUAUUUCCAAAAGAGUUUCAUUAUAAUCACAAGGCUACCGUUUUUCAAUCUCUACUACGAUAUGCUCUCCCAGCUGGCACCUCGUUACUUUGACGAGGGCAUGGAUGUGAUAAUGCGGGCCAGCGAACAGAUUAACAAUCAUUGGCCCGGUCUGAGGGUCGGACAUAUGCUAAAUUUACCCCUACUUGGUUAUAAUUAUCAAAUAACCAUACCCAGAGCCCAGAGCAGCAGUCGUAGCAGCAGUAAAUCAUCAUCGUUAUCCCACAUUGAACAACAGUCCAAUAACAAAUCUUCCAGUGCCGAAGUGGCCACAAUGAUGACCAUAAUUUUGCCAUCGGUCAAUGAAAUUGAUUUAUUUCGUAGUUUAAGCAUGGUCCUUGAGCAAAUCUAUACACUCUGGGAGCUUGUCAUAACCGCCGAACCCAUUGUGGUGGUGGCCACCUCACCAUCGGAUUGCUCACAUAUGGUGCAAUCCCUGUUGGCACUUAUAGCACCCUUGGAAUAUUGUGCCGAGGCGCGUCCAUAUUUCACAAUCCAUGAUAGUGAAUUUCGGGAAUUUACCCAUGAUUGUUCCAAUAAGACGGGACCACCGGCCUGCAUUUUGGGUGUAACGAAUCCAUUUUUCAUUAAAUUGCUCAAAGAUUGGCCACAUAUGCUGCGUCUGGUGGACAAUCAGCAACAAUUAUUGCAAUUGCAAUUUCAAUUCCAUAAGAAUUCACGAAAUGCCUCAUCAUCAUUGAUGAAGACGACAUCAACCAGUGCCCAUAAUAUACUCAAUGGUGGUGAAAUCACUUCAUCCUCCACAUCUGCAUCCACCUCUGGUCUAUUAACCAAAUAUAAGCCAUAUCUGAAAAAGGAUAAAACAUUGAUUAAGAAAGUUUUGCUGGGCAUGAAAACCAAACGGCCGGAGCAUGUACAAACCGCUCUCAUUCGACGUCAUCUGUUGGAGUUGACGCAAAGUUUUAUGAUACCAUUGGAGCGUUAUAUGGCCACAUUGAUGCCACUGCAAAAGGAUAUUAGUCCAUUUAAAUCGGCACCAAAUGCCAGUAGCUUUAAAUUGGAUGAUUUUCUGGCCACCGUCGAGCUGGCUGGACCCCAAUUAACGUCACCUGUGAAGGGUGAUUGGAAGGGACUAUAUAAACGUUUCUUUCGUUCGCCAAAUUUUCGCGGAUGGUAUGAGUCAAGACAUCGCGAAUUGCAGCUAACCCUACAGGAUCUUCAAUUACAGGCCCUAUCGGAGGCCAAUUUAGAGCAUUGGGCCCAUGAUAAGCAAGAGGUGGAGAUAAUUGAUAUGAUACUCAAGUUGAAACAAAAACUGAAUCUCUACAGUGAUAACAAUGCACAGGGCAUUGAGGGAAUCUCCUGGCUGAGCACGGCUAAUGGAAGUGGUGCUGGUGCUGUUGCUGGUGGUGCUCCUCCUUUUAGUGGUAACUCUACACAACAACAAAUUCGUGCCCAGAUUGAGUGUAUGAAAAGUUUAUUGCCACCGGAUCUCAAGAAUGUGGUGAAUCUUUGAUUGUUAGCCAAAUAUUCUCUCAGCCCUUAAAAUUCCCGCCCCCAAACCCAACCCUCCCCCCGCCCUAAACAUAUAUAUAUAUCAUUUAUGAGAAAUUUAUAGUCGCUUUAGAGUUAAUGUUGCUAGAUUUGAUGAAUGUUGUCCCCUGUGUGUGUUAUUUGAUUUUAUUUUAAACUAAACUUAAGAAACAUUUUUUUCCCCCACUUUUUUUUUUUAUCUCUGUCUAAAUAUAAGUUUUAACUGGCAGCUAUAUAUAUAUAUAUAUAUAUAUACAAAAUGUAAUCCAACUUGAGAUCAGAUUUAAAUCUAAAAGAAGAAAUAAAACCAAAUAAACAACAAAAGCAUAGUAAAAAAAACCCUGUAAAAUAAGUCCAAGUAUUAAAAUUAAAAACAAAAACUGAGAAGAAAUUGGUCACAAUGGCAAAAUCAAUUUGAAAUUAUCUAAUUAUAAGUUAGUUAAUAAUACAAAAAAAAUCUAAUAUAUCUCGAUGUAAAGAAUUUUUGGCAGACUAAGUAAAAAUCGAAAAUAAUCUAAACCAAUAAUUAGGGAUUAAUAAUAUUAUUUCCUUUUUUUCGAAAAAUGUUUUCCAAAAUAUUUCAAAUUUAAUUAGUUCUUCCUCUCGAAAUGUACAAUUAAAUAUUUGCUACCUUAAUAAUUUCUAGUGCUAAAACAUUGAAUUUUAUCAAAUUUUCAAAACUAAAACUAAUGAAUCGCAUUUUUUAGCUCAUUAGUCUUAUUAACUUACUAUGUAUUAGCAUGUUUGGAAUUAACUAUUCGUUUUUAAACAAUUUAAAAUUAAAGGGGAAAGUUUUUUCUUUCAAAUCGCUAACGUUUCUGUUGAUUUCUUUAUGUUUUGAAAAUGUUUUCAAAAGUAUUUCAAAUACUUCUUCCUGUAAAAUCUAAAACUUUCAUCUUCUGCUUCCUUAAAGAUUUCUAGUGCUAAGAGACUUUUAAAAUUAAGGCGAUUUUUUAAACAAUGGCUCAAUAGUUUUGAAAUUGAACUAAUUGUUGAUAAACAACUCAAAAAAAAGUAAGGUAAAAGUUCUUUCUUUUAAAAAAUUGCUCAACUAUUUUCAAAAUCCUGUAUCCUUCCUUGUCGAAAUCCACUAAAUUCGAUUUGAAACUGAACUGCCAAUUGUUCCAUUAUUAUAAUUAUUAUUAUUAUUUCUUUAAUGAAUUUUUUAUUAGGUUAUCAAAUAAACAUAAAACAAAAAAAAAAAUAUUACGAUUAUAUGUUUAAAACUUAACCAAAAUAUAUGAAUGUGAAAUUAGAUAAUGAAGAAA